AUGUACGACGACGGUACGGGGCACAAACAAUGGGUAGCAGAAGUUCAGUUUCUCGGUGUUGUGGACCACCCGAAUCUCGUCAACCUUAUCGGUUACUGUGCUGUGGAUGGAGAAAGAGGCAUACAGAGGCUGCUAGUCUACGAAUAUAUGCUCAACAAAAGCUUAGAAUAUCAUCUUUUCAACAGGGCCCAUCCGGCCCUUUCAUGGGAUCGGAGAUUGCAAAUAAUGCUUGGGGCAGCCCAGGGAUUAGCAUAUCUGCACCAAGACUUAGAGAUUCAGGUCAUAUACCGGGAUUUCAAGGCGUCACAGGUGCUACUGGAUAAUGAGUUCAAUCCAAAGCUCUCAGACUUUGGGCUUGCAAGGGAGGGCCCAACUGCUAGCUUAGACAUAACUAAGCUAGGAUACACAGGAAUCUCCCUGACGAAUGGCCUGUUCUCCCCGGUCGGAAUAGGCCGAAUAAUUCCUUCCCUUAGAACCGUUGUGGGGACAUAUGGAUAUGCUGCUCCGGAUUACAUAGUGACGGGGCACCUCACCUCAAAGAGCGAAGUGUGGAGUUUCGGUGUAGUUUUGUACGAAGUCUUGACAGGCAGGCGGUCCCUAGAAAGGGAUCGUCCGAGGGGCGAACAAAAUCUAUUGGAGUGGGUGAAACAAUACCCUGCAGAUAGUCGUAAAUUCAGCACGAUAAUCGACCCGAGGCUAGAUAAAGAGUACUCUCUUAGUGCGGCUCGCAAAAUGGCUAAAUUGGCUGAUAGUUGUUUGGUGAAAAGUGCAAGGGACCGACUGGAGAUGAGUAAGGUAGUUGAGACUUUGAAACAAAUACUUGGGUGCUCGGGGGAGGAAAGUCCUUUGAUAAAGGAUGAGGAUGAUAAGAAGAUGGGGGUUUCGGAGUCGGCCAAGAGAAGAAUGGCACAGUAG